CCAACUUGUGUUAUCCGGCGAUUUCAAAUUCAAACCCUCAUCAUCUUCCUCGACAAUCCCGCGCUCAUUUGAAUCUGUGCUCCUGCGAAAUUCAGAAUCCUCUCCAUCGCUCUCUUCCAUGUGGGAUCACAUUCUGAUCUCCGACGGGGAAGAUCCGGCUACGCCGCUCCCAUCUCUCUCGAAACGGGCUCGAAAAGACCCCGUCUCUGCGAUACUGAUAUCGGAUUCCGAUCCGACGCCGCAGAAACAGCCGCCGGAAUCUUCUUCCACCCCUUUGUUCGUCCCUGAUACACCUCUCUCUGACGAUUUCUCUGUCGUCAAGUGUUCAUUUGGUUCCGGAGCCUUAGCUUCAAACCGCGAAGACAAAUUCGCCGGCAAACGAGUAAUAUCACUGGAUUCGGAGUUUGAAGACAGUCCUCGACCUGAAACUUCGAAGAAGUACGAACCUGUUCUUGCUGGUUUUAGGGAGCCGCGUGGUGAAUACAGUGAUGCAGAUUGUACUGAGGCGAACUAUGAGAAUGCUAGAAUACACGAGAGAAGCAUCGGCACACGGGUGAUUUCUCUGGAUUCGGAGUUUGAAGAUAGUCCUCGACCUGAAACUUCGAGGAAGUAUGAGCCCGUGUUUGCUGAUAUCAGGGAACCGCAUCAUGGAUUGGAUUCCAGAUCAAAUGAUGCAGAUUCUAUUGAGACGAAUAGUAGAAUAAUCGAGCCAAACAUUGGUGAUGAUAACACUAGUUGGAUGCAUGAAGUCAGUGUUCGCUCUUCGCUGACCAAUGAUACUAUCGAGGUAGAUUCGGACCAAGAAAAAGAAAACAUAAGCUUUGAGAAAAUGGGUCGAAAAAAGCAAAUUAAAAGUCGUAAAACUACAACUCUUUCGGGUGUAGAAUUGCCUAAGAAGCAGCUGUCGAAAGAAGAGAAAAUCCAUGCGAUGGAGGAAAAGAAGUUGAGAAAAGAACAAGAGAAAUUACAGAAAGCAGCUCUGAAAGCAGAAGAAGCCGAGCGUAAAAAGUUGGAGAAGGAAAAGCAGAAAUGGGAAAAGGGAAAGUUAGCCCUUAAAUCUAUUGUUGCCGAGAUUGAUACUAAAGUGGUUGAAGGUUCCAUUGGAGGUCUUCUCCUUUCAAGGUUCUCUGAGAAAGGCAUUACAUUCCGUGUAGCCUCCAAUCCAAUUGAGAGAUCCAUUGUGUGGACAAUGACAAUUCCAGAGGAUAUUGCUCCGGCUUUUCUACAAGGACCCACGAUUCGUUAUGUAUUACUAGUGUACGAGGCUGAAGAAUUUUGUAACCUUGUCGCCGAUGGAAAAUUUUUAGAGAACAUCUCAAGAGUUCAGGACCGAUACCCAUCUUAUACGGUGUGCUGCCUCACCAAUAAGUUAAUGUCCUACGUAAACAAAAGGGAGAAGGAAAAUUAUAAGAACCCGGGAAAGUGGAGACGGCCUCCUAUUGAUGAGGUACUUGCGAAAUUAAGUACUCACUAUGUUAAAGUACAUUCCAGGCACUGUGUAGACGAGGCUGAGGUCGCUGAACAUGUUGUUGGUUUAACAAGCAGUCUGGCUUCUUGUCAAUUCAGGAAGAAAUUAACUAUGUUAUCAGUAAACGCUAAUGGUGCAGUAGUCUCCAAGGAUUCAGUUGACAAACACAUGAUUAAAAAGAGUCCAUGGUUGAAAGCGUUAGUAGCAAUACCAAAGGUGCAGCCAAGAUACGCUGUAGCAGUGUGGAAGAAAUAUCCAUCCAUGAAGUCUCUUCUUAAGGUUUACAUGGACCCUAAAAAAUCGGUUCAUGAGAAGGAGUUUCUACUGAAAGAUUUGAGAGUGGACGGUUUAGUAGGAGGAGACAUAAGGUUAGGUGAGGUCUGUUCAAAGCGGAUAUACAGAGUUCUCAUGUCUCCAAGUGGAGCCAUUAAGACUGAUGAUGUGGAAAACGGUGCUGCUUUUUUCAAGCUUUCUUCACAUUUGGAUGCCAAAUAAGGCCGAAAGGAGUCGCGAUUCUAAAUAUAGAUACAUGUUUGAUCUCUUUUUUCUUUUUCUAAUUAACUCAAACAUACCGCAUUUAAAGAUUAAAACCGAGUUCACAAGUCAUGUUAAUGUUACUCGAGCUCAAUACAUGGCAUAAGCCAAGUAGGAGUAGUACGAUCUAACAGCAUAACAGAGAUCGAAAGAAGAAGCAAACUUUGCAAGUUGAUCCGCACAUUUCACUAGCUUCUUUGGGGAUUAUCAUUUGAUUUUUGUUAUUUUAACUUUUCUUUGCAAGUAGAUGCUUUAUACGGAGUCGUUAAGAACAGCCUAAGUUUUUCAGGCAACAGACGAGGAACAGCUUCGAGACAUCUAUCUUAUGCACUUAGAGCGUCAUCUCUUAAACAUGUUCAAAGACGCAGAAGCGAUUGUGGUUGGUGGUGAAAAAAAAGGGUUAUGAAGAAAUGCAAAACGAAGAGAGCGGUGAAGAAUUUGAAAAAGAAGAGAGCGGUGAAGAAAUCGAAAAAGAAGAGAGCAGUGAAGAAGACAGCAAUGAAGAAGAAACUGAAGAAGACAGUGAUUCUUCUUUGCUCCUUCUCCAUCACUGAAACUACGUACUGCAUCUUGAGGUUAUGCCUCAGAAAAUCCAUUUAUUUAUUUUCUCUCUUAUAAGUGCUUAUGAUCCAUUUGGUGAUCUCUUCAACCUUCCCAAGUCUUGGUGAGGUUCUUUUGUUAAACUAGAUCGUGUAUUGGAAGUGUUAAUGACUGCCCAAAUUCUCUGAAACUAAAUCGUUAUGUUAUGCCUUUGAACCCUCUCGUUUUCUCUUGUCGCCAUUGACACUUUC